AUGGGAGAGGGUCGACAGGAAAAGGCGUCCAGACUCAUGUCCAGAUUGUUGUCAACUUCAUCACGCAGUCGUAUAAGGCAAAGGUGUGGAAUUCAUUGUAUUUCUUUUAUUCUUUCUUUCGUUCUUCUUCACUCUCCAUUUUUUCUUUCUUCUUUCUUCUUCACUCUCCGUUUUUCUUUCUUUCUUUCUUCUCUUUCCGUUUUUCUUUCUUUCUUCUCUCUCCGUUUUUCUUUCUUUCUUUCUUCUUCACCCUCCGUUUUUCUUUCUUUCUUUCUUUCUUCUUCACUCUCCGUUUUUCUUUCUUUCUUCUUCACUCUCCGUUUUUCUUUCUUUCUUCUUCACUCUCCGUUUUUCUUUCUUUCUUCUUCACUCUCCGUUUUUCUUUCUUUAUUUCUUCUUCACUCUCCGUUUUUCUUUCUUUCUUUCUUUCUUUCUUUCUGUUUCACCUUUUUUCUUUCUUCCUUUUCUUCUUUAUUUUCUCUUUCUUUUCCUUUCUCUUUCUCUCUUUCUUUUUUAUAUCUCUUUCUAUUUUUCUUUCUCUUUAUUUCUUUUUUUCUUUCUGUUUUUCUUCUUUCUUUCACUCUCUUUUCCUUAUGA